AUGUCGGUGUCAAUGGUAGUGCAUUGCUGUGAUAACACACAUCGUGGACUACCGGAUAGACGAAGAAGAGAAAAGUUAUUUCUGACAAAUAAGAAUCCAAAUAUGUCACUUAUGGAUGGAGAAACCAGUGAUGUCUCAGGUGUUUUGUUAAAAUCGAAAGCAUCAUCCCAAAAGGUAGCAGCGGUACGACAGCGUCGUAUUAAUCCUGCAAUCAGUAAAGUAUUUGGUGAAGUGUACAAUUCACGUGGAAAAUUGAAUGAUAUGUAUCGUCGGAAAGCUGUUAAUUCAUUACAUAUUACGGAAUCUGUACCAGAACACAUCACACAACUUGAUUUCAUAUCCCUGAUUCCCAGCGAACUUCAAACUGAUCAGCGGGUCGUUAUCGAUUUGGUUAAACGUUUAUCGGAAGCAGCCCGACAUCGACAGAGAAUUGCUCGGGCUAAUUUCAUAUAUCGUAAUGAAGCACAGCGUUUAUCAGAAAUUUUCCGUGAAUGUUCUCAUCGUGAAGAUCAGUGCGUUAGACUUGCAAAGUUAAUCAGUGAUGUCCGAAGUGAGCGUCAAUGGAAGGGUAGUAUGCCAAGUGUGGAAUGGUUUUUGCGACGCAAAAAGGGUGUUGUUUCUUCGAAGACUGAAAAAAUGGAUCAACAAGCAGCUGGUCCAGCAGCUCCAAAUAAACUUAAACGUUUGUUAGAAAUUUCCAAAAUUUCAAAUGGUGCUGAGGAACAAUUGAAAAUACCAAAAAGUGAAUUCGAAUCACCCGAUGAAUCUGGCAGUUAUACAGAUUAUUUGAAACAAGUUUUUUUGAAUCCCACUUCCACAGAUUUUCCUCACAAUGAGAAGCAAGACUUAGAAGCGAAAAUUGAACUGGAAACGCCAACACGAACACCUACUACGAUGGGAAGUCCAAAUGGUGUCAGCACUACGAUUAUCAGCACCGAAGAAUUGCAUUUUCCAAGUAGCUCAAAUUCGGAAUCAGGCUUACUGGCAAGCGCGAUUACGUCACAAACAUUACCGAAUUCGUUGGAUCGAAAUAUCGCAAUUAGGAAAUUAGAAACAUAUUUCAGUCGUAGUACUCCGGAUCAAGUACGCCAGUAUAUGCUGCGAUUACGACAAGCUGCUAAUCGACGUCUUGCAGAACAGGCAGUUGAUUUGAUCUCAACAUUGAGCAGUGAGGAAUGUGCGCAAUUUUUAAUUGAUAUUGAUAGCGAUGGUACUGCUGGCUUUAAUUAA